UCAAGGUUCAGUUUCCCUAGGAGUCUUGCCAGUUUCACUUUCCAGUUUCAGUUUCUCUUUCCUCAAGCCAACUGCGGGAGAAAGCGAGGUAAAGAAACCAGGUGAUGCUUCCAUAUAUAGGUCUCCUUAGCAUCUCUCUGAGGCAGAGGAGGAAGAUUUCCGGAGAGCACAGUGGCCUGAGCUGCAGCCUUUCAGAACAGUUGAGAAGUGCCCCGUGAUCAUGAGUGAGACCACCAGAAACACCUUGGAGAGUUGUCUGCGGCAACUUAAAUGCCAUUUCACGUGGAACUUGGUGGAGGGAGGAAAGUCGUUGGAUGACUUUGAAGACGAGGUAUGUAACACAACGGAGUUCCAGAACAACGAAUUCAAAGCCACGGUGUUCAACAUACUGGCCUACAUAAAACACCGCAGAGGCCACGAUGAGGCUGCCCUGGGGUGCCUACAGAGGGCUGAGGAGCUGAUCCAGCGGGAGCACACAGAGCAGGCAGACAUCAGAAGUCUGGUCACCUGGGGAAACUACGCCUGGGUCUACUACCACCUGGGCAGACCCGCAGACGCUCAGAUGUAUGUGGACAAGGUGCGACGGGUAUGCGAGAAGUUCCGCAGCCCCUACAGAAUCGAGAGUCCUGAGAUGGACUGUGAGGAGGGGUGGGCCCGGUUACAGUGUGGAGGAAAGCACAACGAGAGGGCCAAGGUGUGCUUUGAGAAGGCUCUGGAAAGGAAUCCCCAGAACGCAGAAUUCAGCUCUGGCCUGGCCAUCGCGAGCUACCGUCUGGACACCUGGCCGCUGCCUCAGGAUCCUGUCGACCCUCUGAGGCGGGCCAUUCAGCUGAAUCCUGACAACCGGUAUGCGAAAGUGCUCUUGGCUCUGAAACUUCAGGGGAUGAAGGAAGAAGGUGAAGGAGAGAGGCUUGUGGAGGAAGCUUUGGAGGGGGCCCCGUGUGCAACCGACGUGCUUUGUGGAGCAGCGAAGCUGUUUAAAAGAAAAGGAGCCCUAGACAAAGCUAUCGAACUGCUUCUAAAGGCUCUAGAAGGCAUGCCCAACAAUGCCUAUCUGCAUUACUACACUGGGUGCUGCUACAGGGCAAAAGUCCUCGAUAUCCUACAGGACACAGGAAAGAAUGGCAUGUCCUGGAGAAGAGAAAAGUUACAGGAAGCCAUUGAGCAAGCUGUGUAUCAUUUGAAGAGAGUGGAGGAGGCCGAUGCAAACCACCCCUGUGUCUGCUCCUAUCUGGCCUGCCUCUAUGCACAAGCAGGUCAGUACGACGAAGCAGAGUGCUACUUCCAAAAGGAAUUCUGCAAAGAGCUUUCUCCCGUAGCCAAACAAGUCCUCCACCUGCGCUAUGGCAACUUCCAGCUCUACCAGCUGAAGAGCGAGGACAGAGCCAUCCACCAUUUCAUACAGGGUGUGAAAAUAAAGCAGGACUCAAAGGAGACAGAAAAGAUGAAAAAUAAGCUGCAAAAAAUUGCCAGUGUCAGGCUUUCUAAAAACGGGGCGGAUUCUGUCGCUUUGCACCUCUUGGAGUUUCUUCAGGAGCUGGGUACAGAGAUGCGGCCAGCAGAGGAAAAGUCUGAGAGGCAUUUGGAUUCUGGAAGCUUCCUCCCUUCAGCAUCUUCCCCUGAGGAAUGAGGAAUCAGGAUAUGGUGCCCGUGGGAUGGUGACGGGAAGGGAAGCAGAAACCCCUCCACCAAGUAGUUUGUGUUCAAGAUACUUCUCAGCUGGUAUGGCGUAGGCCUGGACCGAGCCACUGGCCACCAGUCUGGACCAGGUUUACAGAGGAACCCACUGCGUAGUGUGUUUACACAUGGAUCACUCAGGCUUUUCUGAGACAGGGACUAGAUUGGAGUAGGGGGGGUGGCCCUGGGACUUGGCAAGAGGGCUAGUUCCGAAUUGACCUCCUGGGAGCACUAUGCAUUGUGACAUUCCCUUAGUCAUCCUCCCUGGGUGAUGCUUUGGGUUUGUCUUUAUGUUUAUAUAAAGCAGCCAGAUUCCUCACAUCUGUAA